AUGCACAUUCUCGUCGUUCUUGCUCUUAUCGCAGCCAGCGCAGAGGGCAAAGGGACUACAGUCCGGAAGACUGGCACUGGCCCGACGGGGUACGAGGUUGACUUUGUCUUCACGCCCAAUUCGACCACUAAUGCUUCAUCGGUGCUGCUGGGUGGGUUCCCCUUCUUCUCGGACCCGCUGCAUGCCUCCCUGGUCAAGACAGAUGGAUACACCCCCUACGAAUGGCGGGCGGAUAUGUUCUCGAUGCGUCUGUCGCCCGACUAUGGCAAUGAAGCCGGCACGCUGUCUGGCCUGGCAAUGCAAUAUAACAACCAGACAGGCGACUGGGAGGUCACCGUGCCACUCCCCUCGGGCACCUGGCUGUACGCCUAUUAUCCCGACUGCACGACGGGCAACUGGCGAGACUGUAACGUCUCGCUCGUAGACCCGUCCAAUCUACCGCUGGAAGCCUUCCCGGGAGACCAGCUGCUCAGCGCCAUCCAACUGCCUUUUGACGGGGAGUUCCAGGUGCAGAAUUAUGACUGGCAGCUCCCGCUUGAGGACGUCUCCAAACGUGGGAAUGUCAGUUUCCAUCAGUAUGCCUCGCCCGGGUCGACCUCUCCAUACCCAGAUGUCCAUGACGUGGGGAUCUAUCUCCCCAGUGAAUACGGCCUAUAUUCCAACAAGACAUACCCGGUGCUCUAUCUUUCCAACGGUGGCCAGGGAUCCGACUCUGACUGGUUCCAACAAGCCCAAAUCCAUCAUAUCAUGGACCGUCUCAUUGAUGCCGGGGCCCUCGAGCCGACCAUUCUCGUCACACCGGACUGGUAUAACCUCGGCUUCACGCUCGAAGAAUACGAGACCAACGCGACGCUGCAAGCCGAAUACCUAGAUGUUGUUGGCUAUGACCGCUUUUUCAACAAAGUGCGCGAGAAUUUCUUCUCCUACCUCAUGCCAUGGGUAGAGGACCACUACGCGAUAGCCAACGACUCCUCACAGAGAGCGUUUGGUGGUCUCGCGCUCGGCGGGACAUUGACACUGGCCAUGCUCUUCAAUGCUACUGACUAUUUCUCUUCCUAUUGCGUCAUGUCGCCCACGCCGGCGCCGGCAGCGGGAGAUUCGCAGUACAACGCUACCACCAACCCGGCGCUGCGGCAGGUGGGAAUCCUCACGGGGGCAGGCUUCUAUGAUACUACCUUCCCGGCUGCGAGAGACUGGGAAGUUGCUUUGGCGGUUGAGAAUGUGACGUAUGCGAGCCAUUACUCCAUGACGGGCGCCCAUGAAUGGAGUACCUGGCAGGAGAUCGUGUAUGUGUAUCUGCGGGAUGUUUUAUGGCGGCCUGUUCCAUAUAGUGCAUGA